GCGGAGGCGAGUCGUGCGCAGCGGCGUGUGAGGGGCCGUGUGCAGACCCGCGUGUGGCGCAGGCAGGGACCCUGAAGAGAAACAGCCGCUGCCUGACGAGCCGCCUUCUUCGGCCUUUGCGUCCGAGUCGCCGCCGUCGCGGGCCCGCUCAGACGCCGGAGAUCUAACUGCAGCCAUGAGCAGCAACGAGUGUUUCAAGUGUGGACGAUCUGGCCACUGGGCCCGCGAGUGCCCCACUGGUGGAGGCCGUGGUCGUGGAAUGAGAAGCCGUGGCAGAGGUGGUUUUACCUCGGAUAGAGGUUUCCAGUUUGUUUCCUCGUCUCUUCCAGACAUCUGUUAUCGCUGUGGUGAGUCUGGUCAUCUUGCCAAGGAUUGUGAUCUUCAGGAGGAUGAAGCCUGCUAUAACUGCGGUAGAGGUGGCCACAUUGCCAAGGACUGCAAGGAGCCCAAGAGAGAGCGAGAGCAGUGCUGCUACAACUGUGGCAAACCAGGCCAUCUGGCUCGUGACUGUGACCAUGCGGAUGAGCAGAAGUGCUAUUCUUGUGGAGAGUUUGGACACAUUCAAAAAGACUGCACCAAAGUGAAGUGCUAUAGGUGUGGCGAAACUGGUCAUGUAGCCAUCAACUGCAGCAAGACAAGUGAAGUCAACUGUUACCGCUGUGGCGAGUCAGGGCAUCUUGCACGGGAAUGCACGAUUGAGGCCACAGCUUAAUUAUUUUCCUUUGUCGCCCCUCCUUUUUCUGAUUGAUGGUUGUAUUAUUUUCUCUGAAUCCUCUUCACUGGCCAAAGAUUGGCAGAUAGAGGCUACUCCCAGGCCAGUGAGCUUUACUUGCCGUGUAAAAGGAGGAAAGGGGUGGAAAAAAAAAAAUCGAUUUUCUGCAUUUAACUACAAAAAAAAAAGUUUAUGUUUAGUUUGGUAGAGGUGUUAUGUAUAAUGCUUUGUUAAAGAACCCCCUUUCCGCGCCACUGGUGAAUAGGGACUGAUAAAUGGGAAGAGUUAAAUCAGAUCAGUAAGCCCGAUUGGGGUUUCUUGAAUAUGUUCCCAUGUAGGAGGUAAAACCAAUUCUGGAAGUGUCUAUGAGCUUCCGUAAGUAACUUUAAUUUUAGCAUAAUGAUGGCCUUGGAUUAUCUGACCUCAGUAGCUACUAAAUGACAUCAAGUAACAUCUGUAUCAGGCCGUACAUAGAACAUACAGUUGAGUGGGAGUAAACAAAAUAAAAAAGCAAACAAGUUAAUGGCUGUCUGAGAAAAAAUGGAAUUAAAGCCAAACAGAAACAUCUCCAUCCUAGCACUGAUGCUGGAUAUACAGAUGGUGAUAGCAAAAGUUUCGAACACAUUUUUUUUCAAAGACUAAAUCUAAAACCCAGAGUAAACAUCUAUGCUCAGAGUUAGCAUAAUUUGGAGUUAUUCAGGAAUUGCUGAGAUGCAUUUUCACAGAAAUCAAGAUGUUAUUUUUGUAUACUAUAUCACUUAGACAACUGUGUUUCAUUUGCUGUAAUCAGUUUUUAAAGUCAGAUGGAAAAAAGCAACGGAAGUCCUAGAAAAUAGCAGUGUAAUUUUAAACUAUCCAAUAAAGCUGGAGGAGGAAGGGGAA